AUGGCCUCGGACGCGGGGCUCCCACCGGAGCGGUCGACCUCCGAGGAAAGCGCCUUCCAGAGCCCCGGAGGGCUUAGCCUUCUCCCGCCUUCUCCUAGCAAAGCCUCUCCUUCAGCGCCGACCUCCAACGAGUUGCAGGCGGUCUGCAAGCCCGGAGCUUCGUCCUUCUCUGCGCCGUCCGCGAGCGGACCCCUGGUGUCCCAGCACUGGGCAGCGGUAGCUCAGCCAGCCAUAGAGGUGGUCCCUGUUUCCGCUCAGGCCGGGUCCCCGCCGCCCGCACUGCAGUCCUCCCAGUCCGAUCGUCUUGUGCCCUGCGACUUGAGUGACGUGCUGGACGAGCGCCGGCUGCUCGCUCACCUGCAUCUGGCCCAAGACCGCGAGAAGCGCCUGUGGCGGGGCGGCAAACCCCAGGUACUUGUCCCCCGGGUGGGGCCCUUCUCACCUGCGGACCGGCUCCAUCCUCAACCACGCUCAGGUGUUCAAAACUCUGGAGGCCGGGCCCUUCACCAGGUUGAUAUCUGCAACGCCUUCGAAAGAAUCGUGUUGUGGCUCCUGAAACAUGAGAACAUCUUUCGCUUCUCUCAGACUACUUUUAACCUGGCUCUCACCAUCUUCCACCGCCUCCUGGUUUCAGUGAAGAUAAAAGAGAGGUUACUCCAAAUUGUCACAAUUACCUCCUUGAGACUUGCUGUAAAAAUGAAUGAAGAGGAGGAGUUGAUUCCACACAUAAAAGACUUCAUAAAGCACUAUGGCUCUGGCUACACCCCAAAUGAGCUGCUGAAGAUGGAGCUGGCUAUUCUGGACAGACUGCACUGGGACCUCCACAUUGGGACGCCGCUGGACUUCUUGACUAUAUUCCACGCCCUGGUGGUCCUGAGCCGGCCCCAUGUGGUGGAGCUGCUGCCUCAGAGGAAUCCUUCCCUCCACGUCGCGUCCCUGACCAGGCAGCUGCAGCACUGUAUGGCGGGCCACCAGCUGCUGCAGUUCAAGGGCUCCACACUGGCUUUGGUCAUCAUCACCUUAGAGUUGGAGAGGCUCAUGCCCGACUGGUGGACUCCUAUAUCUGAUCUGCUAAAGAAAGCACAGGUAGACAUCAACUUUGUCCCAGGCCUAGCUCUGAGUUUUGCCCCUUUAGAAGACAUACUCUGCCCCUGAAAGGGUCCUUAUGGCCCUUUUUGGCCCUUAUAAGCUCCAGAAGAUGCUCUGGCCUUGGUGAUUCUGGCAAAAAUCUGCCUAGGGGCUCGGUAUUCCACAGUCUGCCACACUCUGUGGACAGCAGUAUGGAACACCUGUACCUUCACUGGAUCAAUGCAGGUGUGGGUCCCUGACAUUGAGAAAUUUUAUCUCAAUGGCAACCCUUAUAGCCAAGAUAAUUGGGUGUGGGGGGAAUGUCCAGCUCAGGAGGAAGCAACCUUGAGCUUAAAAUUGGUAAUUGUAAAUUGCAAACCCUCCUCCCCCAGUCUGAAUCUAUGGCACCAGGCCCUGGAGGGUCAGAAGCCCUAUUGACAGAUAGGUUAGGAUGGGGCUGUGCAGUUAGACUCAUGAGUUUACUGAGGUUGGGGAGGGAUGUUCCUGACAUGGUAGGAUUAAUGCUGUUGGGUUGGGUGGUUGUACCCUGCUUGGAUCCUCAAUUGCCUAAUCUUUAGAAUCUAAAGAUGGUUCUGCUGAAGGUUGGCCACUGUUUUAACACAGGUCAGCUGUACUGAGCAGUAUAGCUGCUGCAAAGAACUUGUAGAGCAGCACCUGAGAAGUUUGUAUCAGCCUCCUGCAUAGGCAGCUCUGUUCCACCCGGUGCCUUCACAGCAUAGUGGGAACCCUCCAUGCGUGAACUCCUAUAAAUUCUUUGGCUUUAUGAAUCCUGUAACAAGACAGGAAGAAGGCCUGGAAGAGCCACUGAGAAAGUUCCUUUGGCCCUAAGAAAUUAGAGGGGAGGGAGAGGGUAGGUCAUGGUCAGCAGACAUAAGGGUGGUCUGACAAAUACUACCUUGCCUUCUCCCCCAACCCCCACCAUCACCCAGGAGAUAAUAAAUGCAUGCUCAAACUGCACUUG